CCAAAAACACUUUUUGGAAAGCAAAAUCGAUCAUUUUCAGAUGGCUAUUUUAAUCAGUAUUCAUGGUUAGAGUAUAGCAUUAAAAUUGAUUCUGUGUUUUGUUUUUGUUGCCGAAUUUUCAAUACAAAUAAUAUUUACAUAGCUGAUAAUACUUUUACAAAAACUGGAUUCAGAAAUUGGAAAAAACUAAGUGGUAAUGGUUCCAAGUUAAUGAGUCAUGAAAAAUCAAAAUGUCAUUUAAAAUGCAUGGCAAGUUGGUCUGGAUAUUUAAGUGCGAAAUCUAUUGGUAGUGUAGUAACACAAGUUUCAGCACAAAAUAAAAAAGAAAUUAUAGAAAACCGAAACUAUCUUAAAAAAAUUAUUGACAUUGUUUUAUACUUGACUCGUCAAGGGAUUUCAUUUAGAGGCCACGAUGAAACAAAAGAUUCUUUAAACCAAGGUAAUUUUAAAGAAGCCUGCCAGUUAAUGGCUAAGCAUGAUAUACAAUUUAAAAUAAAACAAGAGAGUAAGUUUAAUUUUACAAGUCCUGACAUUCAAAAUGAGUUGAUAAAUGUUUGCAGUGAUGUUUUAAAAACUAAUAUUAUUUCUCAAAUAAAAUCAGUUGGUUUUUUUGCUAUUAUGGUUGACGAUGCCAGGUGUCAUAAAGUAGAAUAUAUGUCUAUAUGUGUACGUUAUGUAAAAGAUUUAGAAGUCUAUGAAAGGUUCCUUGGUUUUAUGGAUGUGUCUGAAAAACAAGAUGCACAGACACUUAUUAAUACUAUUUUUCAAUUUCUUGAGCAUUCAAAUUUGGGAAAUAUACCAAUAUUUGCACAGUCCUACGAUGGAGCGAGUGUUAUGAGUGGUAAAAGAAAUGGUGUCCAGAGUAAACUUCUUGAACGAUACCCAUGCGCUAUUUAUACGCAUUGCAUGGCCCAUAGAAUAAAUUUAGUUGUAGUAGACAUGUGCAAGAAUGUUGAGUAUGCAAAAAGUUUUUUUAACAGUCUGGAAGCAUUAUACGUAUAUUUCUCACGACCAUCUACAAAUAAAAAACUAAAAGAUAUGCAAUUAAAAAUGGACAUUAAAGCAUCUUCUAUUACUCGAAUUUCUGAUACUCGCUGGGUUUGCAGGUAUAAAAACUGUAAAGCUGUUAAAGAUAAUUUUGAAGUGAUACUAGAGGUUUUGAGAGAAGAAAUUGAUGCUAAUAGUAAUCUAGAUGUAGCACAAGCAAUAGGAAUUGAAGCUAUGAUAAAAAAAGGACAUUUUAUACUAUUUUUAAUUAUACUUGAAGAUAUUUUAACAAAAAUCAAUAUUCUUAGUAACCUAAUGCAAGAGAAAAAAGCAACUUUGGGAAAAUCAGUAAAUUUAAUCAAUAGUAUUAUAAAAACAUUUGAAAAUGACCGUUGCUCAGAAAAAUUUAAAACUGUGUGGACAGAAGUUAUAGCAUUGGCUAAAGAGUUCAACAUUUCAUUAGAAAUUCCAGCUAAAGGUUCCAAACGUAAAAGAAAAGAAACAACAAAUUUACAAAACUAUUAUGUUAGUAAUACUACUGGUGCUGAAUGUUCUUAUGCUAAUGUAGAUGAACUCAAUGAAGGAAUGAAUGAUGAAGACACCCAGUUUGAAUACUGGAAAGUUAAUGGUUAUUUUAGGAUACUUGACUGUGUUUUAUCAGGUUUGAGAAGCAGAUUUUCAACAGAAAGCUUGAAAAUUGGACAUAGUAUUGAUAACUUUAUGAAGUUAAAAUAUGAUGAAAGUUUACAUUUUAUUGAACAUUACGAGAAUGCUUUAUGUAUUGAUAAAGACCAACUUAAAGCUGAAAUGCUAAUUAUGAAGAACUGUAUUAAUAAAGAUGAUUUUGACAUAGGUGCUCUUGUAUCAGAAAUCAACAAAAAAAUUUUUCCAAAUUUAUACAAGCUUUUACAAGUAGCACUUACAAUUCCAGUAAGUUCUGCUUCUUGUGAAAGAUCGUUUUCGGUAAUGCGGCGAAUAAAAACAUGGCUACGAAAUUCUAUGUCUAACGAUAGAUUUUCAAAUCUAUCAUUACUUCAUAUUGAAAGGGACUUAGCUAAUAAUAUAACAUCUGAAGAGGUUCUAAAUAUAUUUGCGCAAAAAAGCAGGCGUUUAAACCUUACAAUAUAGUAUUUAGUAAUAAUUUCCUAUUUAAAAUGUUUUUUUUUUUUAAUAUUUAAUUCAAAUACAAAAUAUGUAUUUGAUAAUAAUAUGAUGUAUGGUAUAUUAUUUAUUUAUAUUUUACUUAAUAAUGUGCUUCUUUAGUCCUUUUAAUAUUUUGUUCCUUUAUAUUUUUCUAUAGUUAUAUUUUUAGAAUAUAAUAUGUUCUGUACCUGAAUCAUUAUAGCCCUUAUACAAAGUGAUUCGCAAGCAGUUUCGGCAGCUCGUUGAUACCACAAAAAAAAAGGCUAUAGCCCCCCCAAAAAAAAUCAUCACGCUACG